AAAUGCAACCUCAUUCUAUUGAAAACCAGGAUAAUAAUGUGACGGAUGAAUUGACUGAUGACGCCGUUGAUAAUCUCUUUCCACUGAAACUUGGCUGGGCUUUAAAAAGUAAUCAAACAUUGGGUAGAUGGGGUGUGGGAAAACGGAUGUCGUCACGGAUACGUGAAUACUUGGAAGGGUUUUUUUUGGCUGGGAAUGCAAAUAAGACAGAUCGAAUGUCAGCUACUCAAAUGGUAAAAGAAUUAGAUAAGUUGGCCAUUGAGGACGAAAUUGAAUCAGAUGACAUACCUGGUAUUCCAACGGUAGAAAGAUGGAUUACUCAGUAUGCACAAGCUUUAAGACGUGAGGCGGCAGCUGAAAAACAGAACAUAGUUGGUAAUAACAAUGAGGAAAGAUCAGAUAACCUGGUUGACAACCCCGAUCAAAGUGGCAACAGUGGCCAAAAUGUUCAAGAAAGUAGAUCUUCCAAUAUAGAAAAGAGGCAGAAAAAACGAAGAAAAUGA